ACACGAGAUGCUACGUACAAUGAAUCGCUCUACGCCGACGACCUAACCCCAGCAUUGCGCCCUAUCAUCCGACACAAGUCCAAACUCGACCUUGGCAGAUUAUGGUGACAUCUACGAUGCGAGUAGAUCCAGCGCGGCCCGUGUGUCUAUUCCGGCAUCUGUCGCUUCAAUGUUUCAUGACACAGGCCCAACCGGGGCCGCGGGUAUCGGCGGAGCGUACAAUGCAACGGUGCAAGCUAACGGUCUGCCUUCCAUCGAGGACAUGCGAGCACAGGUCCUGCGGGAGCUCGUUGCUGCUCAUAUUGCUAACUGCCUGGGUGAAUAUGACAUCAAUUCCGAUGACGAAUGUUGAAAAGGCAGGUCCUUGGGCUCAGUCCAAGACUCUUCGACCCGGCCCGGCUGAAUAUGAGCAAUCUGUUUUGUUUUCUGUGUUGCUUGCCAUCGAUUCUAUUUCAUUUAAUCACAACAUUUAUGGCAUUGACGUCCCUUAACGAUUGAAUGGUGACCUGGAGGACAAAAGUAUACUCCUUAGGAAAGAACAUACAUAGUCUUUGUUUAUCAGCGACAUGUACUUCCCGCAAAAGGUCUUGGUAGAUCACAGCUAAUUAUUACGCUCGUCAAUCUAGCUUGAGAUUGCCAUUUACUGUCUUUGAGCUGACGUUCCUCCUUUUU